AUCAACAACAACAAUCAACCAGUUAAUUGAAUUAUCAAAACAUGAAAAAUGAAAAUAUCAAAACAAUAAUACGGUGAUAACUGAUAACACUCAAUGCCAAGGUUUUUAAUUUAAUUUUAUUAUUAUUUUAUUAUUUUACAUUUCAUAUAGUUUUUGUACAGGGUGAUCAUUUGAUUUGUUUCAAGAAAAAACAUCUAGUGGCUUUUAUUAUCCAGAUACCUUUAUUAUUUUUCUAAUACCUACUUAUUAUCAGCCAGAUCAGCCUUGAUUAUUUUCACUAGUCUGAAUACUGAAGAUAUCAGUGAAGAAUGAUAAUGGAAUUGAUCCAUACAUCUCAAUCCAUACCUAUUGAUGACAUUGUUCUUUGUUAUGCUUUAUUGACAACAUAAUAGCUGGUAAUAUCAAUCUCCAUGUUCUUUAUCUACUGAAAUGGCCAAAAUCCAGGAGAAUAAGCAAAAUGGUAUAACUGGAAAAGAAUCAACAUCCAAUAAAAUGAAUUGUGGAAGAGUAAAAGCACUAUUAGUCAAUAUUUUUUUAUUUUUACGUUAUUAUGUUGACAUACUAAUAGACAAUAUCUUCGGAUUUUUUAAUGAUUCGAAAAGGAAACCAAUAAAAAAUAAUAGCAAUCCUAUCUUACAUAAAAGUGCAACGUCAUUAGCGCGAAAAAUAAGAAAGGGGGAAUUGAAAUCAGAAGAAGUUGUUCAAGCUUAUAUUGACAGAAUAAAAGAAGUGAAUCCCGUACUCAAUUCACUUGUAGACUCUAGAUACGAUGAUGCUCUCAAAGAAGCACGAAGAAUAGACGAGGAAAUAGCGAGUGGAUGUAUUACAGAAGCUGAUUUUCAGCGGAAACCAUUCUUAGGUUUACCUUUCACUACUAAGGAAUCGACAGCAGUUAAGGGAUUAUCCUUUUCAUUUGGAAUUUUGAAAAGGAAAGGACGAAAAGCCUCUUAUGAUGCAGAUUACGUGAAACUUAUGAAGAAUUCUGGUGCAAUAUGUUUAGGCGUUACAAAUAUUCCCCAGCUGAAUUUAUGGCAAGAAACGCACAACCCUUUAUUUGGCAUCACAAACAACCCAUAUAACACAACGAGGAAUGUUGGGGGUUCGUGUGGAGGUGAAGCCAGUCUUCUAGCUGCUGGUGGUACACCCCUAAGUAUUGGAACUGAUGUAGGCGGCUCUACCAGAAUACCUGCCUUUAUGUGUGGAGUUUUUGGGCAUAAACCUACAUCUGGACUGAUAUCAACCAAAGGAAUAAUAUUCCAGAAUGGCAAUGAAGAAGAAUCAAUGGUGAAUGCUGGUCCCUUGACAAAGUACUCUGAAGAUUUAAUGUCGGUAUUGAAAGUUUUGGUGGGUCCAGAGAAUUCUAUGAAAUUGAAAUUAGAUCAACAUGUAGACGUCAAAAAAAUCAAAAUUUGUUAUGUCUCAGACCCAAGAGAUCUGUUUGUGAGUCCUUUCAGGCCAGAAAUGAAGAAGAUAUUCUCACGUGCAAUCGACCAUUUCAAAGAAAUUCAUGAUGAGAGUCCUGAAAGUGUUGAAUUCGAAGGUACUAAAUAUACUGGACAGUUAUGGAAAUAUUGGAUGACUCAAGAAGAUGGUUUUAAUUUCCGUAAAGAUGUCACAGACAGACAGGGCGAGGUGAACCCCGUUAUUGAAACUUUGAAGUAUUUCACCACAAGAGAUAAUUAUACAUUUUCUACGAUAAUGAAUUUAAUAAAUGAACUUCUUCCAACUGCAAAUGGUGAUUGGGCAAGGUCGGAGACCGAGAAACUGAAGCAUGAGAUACUGCAUAGUGAAAUAAGUGGAAGGAAACCAACGACCAAAAAAAUGAAUUGUGAAAAAGUAAAAGCAGUAUUACUCAGUAUUUUUUUAUUCCUCCGAUAUUACUUCGACCUACUCAUAGACUACAUAUUUGGAUAUUUCAACGAUAAGAAGAGAACACCAAUAAAGAAUAAUAGCAAUCCUAUACUACAUAAAAGCGCUACAUCAUUAGCCCAGAAAAUAAGAAAGGGAGAAUUGAAAUCAGAAGAAGUUGUUCAAGCUUAUAUUGAUAGAAUAAAAGAAGUGAAUCCGAUUCUGAAUGCACUUGUAGACUCCCGAUACGAAGAUGCCUUGCAAGAAGCGAAACAAAUUGAUAAAGAAAUAGAGAGUGGAAUAAUUACAGAUUCAGAUUUUCAGCAAAAGCCAUUCUUGGGUGUACCCUUCACUACAAAGGAAUCGUCGGCAGUCAAAGGUUUAUCCUUUACAUUUGGUAUUUUUAGAAGAAAGGGAAAGAAAGCCUCCUUUGAUGCAGAUUACGUAGCACUCAUGAAAAAUGCUGGUGCAAUAUGUUUAGGCGUUACAAAUAUCCCACAGCUCAAUUUAUGGCAAGAAACUCAUAACCCUUUGUUUGGCAUCACAAAUAAUCCAUAUAACACAACAAGGAAUGUUGGAGGUUCAUCUGGUGGAGAAGCCAGUCUGUUAGCUGCUGGUGGUACACCAAUAAGUGUGGGAACUGACAUUGGGGGAUCUGUCAGAAUACCUGCUUUCAUGUGUGGAGUGUUCGGUCAUAAACCUACUUCUGGUCUUAUUCCAACCAAAGGAAUAACAUUUCGACUAGGCAAUGAAGGAGAAACAAUGGUGAACACUGGGCCCUUAACAAAAUACGCUGAUGAUUUAAUAUCAGUUUUGAAAGUUUUGGUGGGUCCAGAGAAUACGAAAAAAUUAAAAUUGGAUCAAAGUGUUGACGUCGAAACGAUUAAAAUCAAAUAUAUCUUGGACCCAAAAGACCUAUUUGUUAGUCCUUUCAGAACAGAAAUGAAGACAAUAUUAGCACGUGCUAUCAACCACUUAAGAGAAACAGUUAAUGACAACCCCGAAAGUGUUGAAUUUGAAGGUACUAAAUAUACUGUAAAGUUAUGGAAAUACUGGAUGACGCAGGAAUCAGGAGCAAAUUUCUAUAGAGAUAUCACAGACAGACAAGAAGAGGUGAACCCGUAUAUUGAAACUAUCAAGCAUUUCACUGUAGGGGGUGACUAUACACUUUCAACAAUAAUCAAUUUCUUGAAUAACCUCCUACCAAAUCCAAAAGGUGAUUGGGCGAGAUCAGAGACUGAAAAACUGAGGAAUGAAAUGUUGGAAAAACUAGGUGAAAAUGGAGUCCUACUGUUUCCGUCUGCUCCAUUUCCAGCUAGCUAUCACCAUGCAGCGUAUCUGCGACCUUGGAACUUCAACUUGUUCUCUUUGUGGAACGUCCUGAAAUUCCCGGUCACUCAAGUCCCGAUGGGGCUGAGCGAGUCUGGGCUGCCUCUGGGCAUUCAAGUGGUCGCAGCCCCUUAUCAGGACCGGCUGUGUUUCGCGGUGGCCAAAGAGUUAGAAAGGGCAUUCGGUGGCUACGUGCCACCUUAUCAGACGGAAUAAAGAUUUGAAAAUAUAUUUAUUUUGUAACACAUUCCAAUGUAGUGUGAUUCUAUUUUUUUGCAAAAAUAAAAUGGUUUGGUGAAAAAUUUGUUUUUUGUUUGAUUUUUGACGCUUUAAGUGAAAUACUAUAUUUCAUCUGAAGAAGCUACUGUGUUAGCGAAACAUGUUGUGUUAUUUAGAAUUUUGUGGAAAUCUUUUCGUUUGUGAAGUUUUUUACAUUAAGUAACGACUCAAAAGUAAAUAAUUUCACAGCUAUGAAUGUAUUCAAUUUCAAAUCCAGUAUUUAUCAUGGUUUAUUAUUCAAAAACAAGAUACUUACAUAUUUGUAUAUUGCAGCCUAAAGUAUAAAAAUAGUAAUCUAACCAUUUCAUAUAUAACCACUCAAUUUUCAAUUUAUAUUAAUAAAAAUAAAAGAUAUUCAAUGGUGCCAAAACAGUCUUCCAACCAUUAUUUAAAAAAUAAAAACUCGGUAAACCCUGUAAAACCUGAAUGCACAUAAAGACUGAUAACAUGAAUCAAUUGAACAUGAUCUUGUCUGGAAUUUAUUUCAUACUGAACCCUGAUUCAAAUGAGAUGCCAAAAACAUAUUGUUUCAAUAAUUAUAUGAAAUCCUUCAAUCAACUGGUAAGUAUAUCAAAUUCUUCUCACCCACAAUAUGAACUAUAAUCUAUGUGCCCCAAAAGUAUGAGACAAAUUCAAUACAAGUUUACAAAAAAAAGCCGAAAAAAUUAGAUUCAAUGAUUUAGCAAACCCUCGUAGUUUUGAUAAUAACGAAUCUAUUUUGAAAAUUCAUGGAGCACUGUAAGUAUAUUAUAUUACCGUAAAAACCCGAUUUCAGUUCUAACCCUAUCUCUCUUGGGAACACCAGUUUUAACAAGAUACUCUCUAGACGAUCCUAGUGUCAACUAAUCAUUAUCAGAUGAUUCCAGUUUUAAUAGGUUAGUUUGUUUUAGUAGAUAGUCUGCUUAAACCAACCGCGAUGGAAAUUAUCCUUAAAAAUGCGAAAACCUGUCAAAA